GACCUUUUAACCCAGUCGAACCGCGAAAGUGCGACCUAAAAAUUCGAUUCGACAAAAGUUCGCGACACACCUAUUGCUCGGCUCGGCAUGCUCGUUUGGAUCGGUCUCUCGUAGGAGUCGAUGACCAUUCUGUGAAACGAAUCAGUUUUCAAUAGUGAAAGUGAUUGAAGUGGUGCGGGGUGAUCUCUUUGCACUAUGUUUUUCUUAAAGCUGUGUGCUCGGUCAACUGGCCCUCAACUCUUCAGAGUUUAUGGUGCAAAGUACCAUGUGCUCUCGAGGAACAAGCCAUUGGCAAAAGGAGCCUUUCAGGGCUUCGGACGACGAAUACAAGUCACCGUCGCUCAGCCCUUGGCAGAGCUGUCUCAGAAAUCGCAAAAAGUGGUAGGUGGAUGGCUCCUCGUGUGCAGUGGUAUGGCCGUUGGCUCCAUUAUCCUGGGAGGGGUCACCAGGUUAACCAAGUCGGGCUUGUCGAUGGUACACUGGCACCCCUUCGCAGAAUUCCCCCCUUCAGGACACAAGCAGUGGGAGCAAGAGUUUCUGAAAUACCAGGAAUACCCAGAAUACAAAGAGUACAACCAAGCCAUGACGCUUUCGGAGUUCAAGCGCAUCUGGUACAUCGAAUACCUGCACCGCAUGUGGGGACGCACCAUAGGGGCGGUCUUUUACACGGGGGCCUCCUGGCUGUGGUGGCGUGGCUGGCUGAGCCGCAGGGCCAAGGGGCACGUCGCAGUGCUCGGCGUGGGGCUCGCCUUCCAGGGGGCCCUGGGUUGGUUCAUGGUGCGCAGUGGACUGCACGACCAGCCGCACGUGAGCCAGUACCGCCUUGCCGCCCACCUUGGCACUGCCCUGCUUUGGUACAGCCUGUCCCUCUGGUCGGCCAUGUCUCAUCUUGCAUACCAAACACAGGUGCCCUUUCAGACCUUCUCACCGAGAAUGUCCAGGGGUGUGCACGGCGUCCUGGGACUGGUCUUUGUGACGGCCAUGUCGGGUGCCCUGGUGGCAGGCCUUCAGGCGGGCCUCGUCUACAAUUCCUUUCCCAAAAUGGCCGACCGGUGGGUGCCCUCCGAUAUACUGGCACUGGAGCCCAAGCUACGCAACUUCACCGAGAACCCCACAACUGUCCAGUUUGACCACAGAAUACUGGGUGAAAGUGUGGUUCUCGUGGUGACUGGCCUUUGGUUGUGGGGCCGAAAGCAGCCGCUCCCGCCCCGGGCACGAAAAGCACUGCACUGUCUACUAGCAGCAGCUUGGCUUCAGGCCACCCUGGGUGUCUCGACACUGCUGACGUACGUACCUGUGUCCUUGGCAUCUUCUCACCAAGCGGGAGCCGUCACCUUGCUUUCGGUGGCGCUGUGGCUAGCCCACGAGCUCAAGCUGCUCAGGAGGAUACCAAAGUAGGCCGAAGGCAGUAUUGUACAGCAUAUUUAUGUGACUUUGGUCAUGAAAAAAAAUAAACUCUGUACUUCCGAGAA